CAGCAGCGGCGGCGGCGGCGGUGGCUCAGACUCCCGUCCCUUCCUCCCCUUCCCUUCCCUUUCCCCUCCCCUCCCCCGGGGACAAGCUGCCGCCGCGGGGCCAGCGCGAAGGACGCAGAGGUGGGGGAGCAGGAGGCCCCUCUCUCCUGCCAAGGGGCCCCCGAGCGGCCAGGCCGGGCUGAGACUUUUUUCCCUCCCAGACUCCACUUAUUUGGACUGCAAGUAAUAUGAGGAAGCCUCGAAGGAGAUCACGGCAGAAUGCUGAAGGCAGGCGUUCUCCAUCCCCCUAUAGCCUCAAGUGCUCCCCAACUCGAGAGACACUAACUUAUGCCCAGGCACAACGAAUUGUGGAGGUGGACAUUGAUGGAAGACUGCACCGAAUCAGCAUCUAUGACCCUCUGAAAAUCAUUACUGAGGAUGAGCUGACAGCUCAGGACAUCACUGAAUGUAAUAGCAACAAAGAAAACAGUGAGCAGCCUCUAUUUCCUGGCAAGUCCAAGAAACCUUCUUCAAAAGGCAAGAAAAAGGAGUCCUGUUCCAAGCAUGCCCCAGGUACUUCCUUCCAUUUGCCUCAGCCUAGCUUCCGAGUGGUUGAGUCCUGCAGCCAGCCGGAUGCACCACCCCUCCCUGCUGCUUAUUACAGGUACAUUGAGAAGCCACCAGAGGACUUGGAUGCAGAUGUUGAAUAUGACAUGGAUGAGGAAGAUCUGGCCUGGUUAGACAUGGUAAAUGAAAAGAGACUAGUGGAUGGCCAUGGGACCAUCUCCGCUGACACAUUUGAAUUGUUAGUGGAUAGACUGGAGAAGGAAUCCUAUUUAGAGAGCCGAAGUAGUGGAGCUCAGCAGACACUUAUCGAUGAAGAUGCUUUCUGCUGUGUCUGCAUGGAUGAUGAGUGUCACAAUAGCAAUGUCAUCCUCUUCUGUGAUAUUUGCAACCUGGCUGUACACCAGGAGUGCUAUGGGGUCCCCUAUAUUCCAGAGGGACAGUGGCUUUGCCGAUGCUGCUUACAGUCCCCUUCCCGUCCUGUGGACUGUGUUCUUUGCCCCAACAAGGGUGGGGCCUUCAAGCAGACCAGUGAUGGGCACUGGGCUCAUGUGGUGUGUGCCAUCUGGAUCCCUGAGGUCUGUUUUGCUAAUACUGUGUUUCUGGAGCCUAUUGAGGGUAUUGACAAUAUCCCACCAGCUAGAUGGAAACUGACCUGCUAUAUUUGUAAGCAGAAGGGUCUAGGUGCUGCUAUUCAAUGCCAUAAGGUGAAUUGCUACACAGCCUUUCAUGUGACAUGUGCCCAGCGGGCUGGGUUGUUUAUGAAGAUAGAGCCCAUGAGAGAAACCAGCCUAAAUGGUACCACUUUCACAGUGCGCAAAACAGCCUAUUGUGAAGCCCACUCUCCCCCAGGCACUGUGAAGAAGGAUGUCCUCCCUGUGAUCUCCAUUGAAGGUGAGGAAGAAGAUGAGGUAAAGGAUGGAGGAGGAGAAGAAGAAAGCAAGGUUCUAGUAAGUAGUGCCCUGAAGACUACUGUAAAGAAGAACAAAAUGAAAGUAAAGCAGAAGAUCAAGAAGGAAUCAGAGGAUUCAUCAAAGGAUUCACCUGCAACAGCACCCCUUGUGACUAUAACACAGAUCCCAUCCUGCAGGUUGAACAAGAUCUGUAGUGGCCUCUCUCUGCAGAGGAAGAACCAAUUCAUGCAGCGGCUUCAUAACUACUGGCUGCUGAAACGACAAGCGAGGAAUGGUGUUCCACUCAUCCGGCGCCUACACUCACACCUUCAGUCCCAAAGAAAUGCUGAGCAGAAGGAACAGGACGAGAAAACCAGUGCUGUAAAGGAAGAGCUUAAAUACUGGCAGAAACUGCGCCAUGACCUGGAAAGGGCACGACUGCUGAUUGAGCUGAUCCGAAAGAGAGAGAAGCUCAAGAGGGAACAGGUCAAAGUGCAGCAGGCUGCAAUGGAAUUGAAGCUGACUCCUUUUAAUGUCUUGUUGCGUACUACUCUGAAUCUUCUACAGGAGAAAGAUUCUGCCCAAAUCUUUGCUGAACCUGUCAACCUGAGUGAGGUUCCAGAUUACCUGGAAUUCAUAUCCGAGCCAAUGGAUUUUUCCACCAUGAGGCUGAAGUUGGAGUCCCAUCUAUACCGCACCCUGGAGGAAUUUGAGGAGGACUUUAACCUUAUGGUUACCAACUGUAUGAAGUACAAUGCUAAAGAUACAAUUUUCCACCGAGCAGCUGUCCGCUUGAGGGACCUGGGAGGGGCUGUCCUGCGGCAUGCCCGGCGACAAGCAGAGAACAUCGGCUAUGACCAUGAGGUGGGAACCCACCUACCUGAGUCACCCAAAAUGGAGGACUUUUAUCGCUUCUCCUGGGAGGACGUGGACAACAUCCUCCUCCCAGAGAACCGGGCUCACCUAUCCCUGGAGGUGCAGCUGAAGGAGCUUCUGGAGAAGCUGGACCUGGUGAGCACGAUGCGAUCCAGUGGGGCUCGGACCCGCCGUGUUCGCCUGCUGCGGCGGGAGAUCAACACCCUCCGGCAAAAGCUGGCACAGCAACAGCCAAACAAGAUGGUGCCCAAUGGGGAGUUGCCACCAGGGCCCCGGGAGGAGGUGGACGUGGUGGAAAAGGCCCUGCAUGGAGAGGAAGAGGAGGAUGGGGAGAAAGCAGAUGAUACCAAGCCUCCUCAUCCCCCAACUCUGGAACCCACGGGGCCAGCACCUUCUCUGUCUGAUCUGGAUUCCCUCCAGGACCCUCCAACCUUGAAACCAAUUAGUGAGAGCAAAAUCCCAAUUCGGCUUUCAAAAUAUGGGAAGAUGGAGGAUGAAUUUUUGGACAUGGUGCCAUUACAGCGAGGGAGCCAGCCCUUCCAACACCUACUGAGUGACAAUGGCUUUAACAGACUCUCCCUUCCAGUCCUUGAGAUGUCCACUAUGUCCUCCCUUAAUGGUGUGGGCCGGCGUACCUCUGUCCUCUUCAAAAAGGCCAAGAAUGGGGUCACAUUUCAAAGAAGCCCUGAUGGGGCCCUUGAAAAUGGAGAGGACCACAGUCUGAUGGACCUGCCCGCCUCCCCGGCCAGUACCGAAGAUGAGAGGCAAGCUCGGAAACGACCACAAAGCAGGAGUUGCAGCGAGAGUGAUGGGGAGAAGUCUCCUCAGCAGGUGGAAGAGACAGAUGGGGGAGCCAAGAUUGAGAGAAGAGGGGAAGGGACUCAACCAUCAUAUGAGUUGCCAGAACUGGGAUUAGAACUCGGAAAUUCUGGCUUUCAUUCCAGCACAGGAGUCACCAACGGCUUUGGGAAGCACACAGAAAGUGGGUCUGAUUCAGAAUGUAGUUCUGGUCUUGGUGGUGGCCUGGCAUUUGAAACUUGCAGUGGUCUGACUCCUCCAAAAAGAAGCCGUGGGAAACCAGCUCUUUCUCGAGUCCCUUUUCUGGAAGGUGUGAAUGGAGAUUCAGACUACAGCAGCUCAGGUAGAAGCCUUCUGUUGCCCUUGGAAGAUAACACAGACCUGGAGCCCCUGGAGCUGGUGUGGGCUAAGUGUCGAGGCUAUCCUUCCUACCCUGCCUUGAUUAUUGAUCCCAAGAUGCCCCGUGAGGGCCUCCUGCACAAUGGUGUACCUAUUCCUGUCCCGCCCCUAGAUGUGCUAAAGCUGGGGGAGCAGAAACAAGUGGAGGCUGGAGAGAAACUCUUCCUUGUUCUCUUCUUUGACAACAAACGUACCUGGCAGUGGCUUCCUCGGGACAAAGUCCUCCCCCUCGGAGUAGAAGAUACCGUGGACAAAUUGAAGAUGCUGGAGGGCCGCAAGACAAGUAUUCGCAAGUCUGUGCAAGUGGCCUAUGACCGUGCCAUGAUCCACUUAAGCCGGGUUCGGGGCCACCAUCCUUUUGUCACUUCUGGCUACUUGUAAAGGAAUGGGAUGUGGCCUGCCUGCCUUUGCCUCUGAUCCUGGUGUGAGGAACCCUCCCCUCCCUGUGAUGGGACGAAUGGCAGACAGCCUCUCCCUGGUGCUGUGGAGGAUAGGGGGCUGUAGCCUGAAGAGUCCAUGGGGAAAGUCCUGUUGUGGACAACAGCAUGACUCCCAUGGUCGGCCCUAUCAUGUGCCAAAAAUUCCUAGCUGAGCUCCUUCAGAGAAUAUUUUACUGAAGAGCCAGUGAGAGGCAGGGACAGAAGCUGGGAUGUGGGCCCUGCUGGGGAGAUAAACCUGCUAUGGAGGAUGGCUCCUGGACUCAAUUCCCAAGGGGUUGCUACCAUCACUACCCCCAUUUGACACCUCGGAUUGGGCAAGGAACUGACCUUGAACCCAGAGGUGCUGUAGAUACACUAGGGUCCCAUGGAGAAUCUUGCUGAGCCCCGCUUGUGCAUCCCCUUUGCUGCUCGCUAUCACUUGUUCUGUAAGAUUUCCUCUUCUCCCUUUUUCUUCUGUCACUUGCACACAUUUUUGCUCCUUUGCUUACUCUUGUGCCAAAUUGUUAGAAAUUCUCACCAACUAAAUUAUUUUUAAAGUCCGUUUCCAUAUAGAUCUGGCUGCUAUAAAGAGCAGGGUCGCUAGGUGAGACUAUCAAGAAGACCAGGAUAGAAGCUAGCAAAACAUUUGUAAUCUCAAUCUCCUGGAAAACCUAGAAUCAGGAAAUAGAUAUAUUGUCUCUGGGUUAGACUUCAUUAUUUUGGCCCCUAGGUGUACAGGUGUCUUAGCAUCCUGUGAGGAUUUUUCUCGGGGUAACUAAGGUUACACAAUGUUAAUACAAGACUGCAGUGACAGACUUCUCCACUUUCUAACUUUAUGGCUGAAGAACAGCAUGAUAGGGAAGAAUGUUCUCUUGGUAGACACUGGAUGUCAUUAGCAUUUUAAAGUUUCUUGUUUCUCUCUGGCUGUAUCUGUCCUAAUAGUCUUCUUUCCCCAAUUACCUCUUUCCUCUCUUUUCACAAACUUCAUCCUCCAUUGUGGAUAGGGUCCCUGCUUGCUGGGCCCUCAAGUUGUGCCAGCAGUACCUUUUGUCCCUCUUCUGAUCUUCACAGCCUUGUUCCUCCCCGUUAUUCCUGUAGCAGAAUCCUCAAGUGAAGGGGAGGAUAAAAUCCUGCAAAAAAACAAAAAAACAAAACAAAACAAAACAAAACAAAAAACCCUUUCAUUUUCAGUGUCUCCCUCCCUCCUUCCCCGCCCCCCCCUCCCCCAACUCCUAAAAAACUGUGAACUGGGAAUGUCAACUACAAGUGUUGAUAUCUGUUCUCUAUUCCCAACCCUCAGUCGUUUCCCUCCUAUACUCUAGCACCAAAGUCACAGGGCCUGGUUUCAGAUCACCAAGCACUGCGUUGCUUUUUAACCUGUCGUUCUUUUUAAUUGUUUUAAAUUUUUCAUAGGGGAAUUUUGGAUGAAAUGAAAUCCUGGGGGAGAUCACUGCCAUUUCUACUCAGUCAACUUUUUAAAAGGGAAAUAAACAAACAAAAUACCCACCCACCACUACUUAUAUAUUUGGGACAUGAGCCAGAGUUUAAAGGUAAACCAACGGAACAGGUCUGUGCCAUUGAAAGGAUGGCUGGGGUUGGGUUUUUUGUAAAAUAAUAAUAUAAUGCUUAGAGCCGUGUGGAUAGGGAAGGACGUGAUGUACAUAGUUGUAAGAUAUUGUUCUAAAUUAUUCAGGCCUAUUGUUUCUCUUCUUGAAAGUCCUCCCCCACCCCACCCUUGCCCCAAUCCACCUCCCUAAUUCCCAAUUGUGUGGCUGGGUCUUUUAAACUCACACAGUGAGUGCCAUUUUAUUGAAAGGAGCCAAUGCAUUCCCCCAGGUAGUGGAUCUGCUGUGGAUUUUGUGACCUGUGUCUAAACCUGUGUUUUAAGAUCUUGGGAUUUUCUCCCCUGCCCCCUUUCUCUGUCUCUCUGUCUCUAUCUCUUUUUAAAAAUGAUAUUUUAGAAUGGGAAUUGGCUCAGAUCCUGCUGUGGCACUGGGGCCUGUGCGUCACUGUCGAGUCUGCUGUGAAGAAGCACACGAUGCUCUAUUUAUUGUAGAAAGUGACUUUAUUUGCUUUCUAGAAUUGUUUAUAUCAGAUGGUAUAAGAGAGGUAAUUAAAAAAAGAGAAAAAUCUAUGCUUGUAAAGAAGACAAAAGUUAAUUUUACCUACUAUAAUAUGACUGUCUGAAACUUUUUUUCUCCCUGAGAAAUAAAUGUUCAAUGGACAGCAAUA